CUUAACAUUAAUAUGUAAAUGCCAGGGAAUCUUGAAGUCUGCUCGGAAGUACCUGCCGUCCGGACGAAUAAUAUUUUGGGCCAAUCAUCGCCUUAGCCUUACGGCAUCGUCCUUCUCAUUAGGCAGGAAAGGGCAAGCUAAGACACCCGCAUUACAUAGAAUCUGAUACACCUGCACCUGCGUGGCUAUUUCCUACAUGUAAUACCCACGUGGAAGUACUUGCCUGUCCUAUAUCCGACUGCAGGUGCCGUCCAAUGCUUACCGUACAUUGGACACCUACCUAACCUACCUAAGGUUAGGUAGCUUCUCAACCAACUCACCGGUCUUGCUAACCCUCCUGAUUCACACUUGUCUACCUAACCUAAUAUUCAAAACCUCUUAUCUGCUAUUCAUUAUCAUUUCCGAUCCCGAUUCAAAGGAAUAGACAGACAAUCCAAACCCAAGAUGCUUAACUAAAAUUUUCCGAUUAUAUACGAAUAUAGUACACCAAUGGACGGCCAGCUCUAAGUCUUGUAAGCUCUCCCUUAGAGCUUCAUAGACGCCCUGCUACUUUGAAUCUGGCAAAUUAAAGGAUUAGACGAGCCAUGGCUGAAUCGUCACCGCUGAAAGCUACCCCCAAACGCAAACGCGACGAUGUGCUCAACGAGCAGCGCGUUUUCAACUCUUCUCCUUAUACUUAUAGUCUGCAUAAGACCACCUUCUCUUUCCAAGCUCCGACCCUGAAACCAGUGGAGAAUACUCGAAACGAUGCCCCUGAAGAUGGUAACAGUAGUCCUCGAAGUAAGGUUGCUCAGAAGUUCCAAGAACUGGCUCUUGGAAGUGGGGGCGGGGUAAUUGAUACCGACAGGGUCGAUGGCACUGGUUUUAUGGAAACGAGGACGGGAACGGGAUCAGACGAGGCUAGUCCCCAAUUUACAAUUGAUAGCCCAAGGUUUUCGCCAGAGCUCACCGUCUUCGAUUUUGAUGGAGGUAUCAGAAGUAGCACGUCUGUCGAAGACAUGCAGCUUGACGAUGGCGAUACUGCAUCGCGUAAGCGUGUCAAGUUGCCCGACAUCGCCGAACUACAAAAUUCUCCUGAGGUCGUGUUGGGGGGAGAAGUAGACGUAACGAAUUCCGACUUUACCCAGCCUACUGAGUCCCCUCGAUUCACUUUACAGACAGCCGUGGAUCCUGCUAUUUUGAGGACAGAAAAGACCGAAGGUUCAGGCCGCUUGCAGAAGUCGUAUCCGUCCAUCAACCGAUUGUCGGAAUCUAAGUCGCGUAUUCGAAAACGAUCGGGCACCCCGCCCUUAGCAAAGCGUAAGACGGCAGAAGCCUUGGCCGAGGAGGAUCCUAUCAUCGUUGAUCCCAUUCGUGCCGCGCUUACGUGGCAUGAGGAUGAAAUUACUAUCUAUGACCCCGAGGAUAAAGACGAUGACGGUACUGGUAUCAACGGUAUCGGCUUCAGACCAACUCCUGCUUUGGCAUACGCGCGGGCGCAGAAACGAAGACAGCAGCUGGCCGAUUAUAGAAAACGCGAGGAGAGCGAAGCUAGAGCGAAGAGAAGUCAACGUCGUCGACAACGGAUUGGCAAUGUCGCGGAAUUGGAGAGAAAACAUUCCAUGGCACGAGUGCGUUUCUCGGAUGCAGAGCCGACUACUGUGGUCACGACUUGAUGUCAGCAGCAUACGUCCUCUGCCACUUGAAUUUCAAUGCAAUAAUUCUGGACUUGGGGCGUUAAGUGGAUAUAACCGGCAAUGGUUUGAUUAAUAGGGCGUUGAAUAGCUCUGGCGCAGAUAUAUAGCCUUAGAUGGCCGACAUGAUGGCAAGGCUGCCUUUAUCUAUUUGAAACCUAUUCGACUUUCUUUAUCCUUUUGCAAAAUAACCUAAAACUACAUGGCUUCGAAUUCGGUAUCGCUAUAAGUCACACCAACAGAGCCAUGGAAGACUGUCGAAAGCGUCAAUGUUGAUAUGUGAUUUAUGGGUUUCGAAGGAUAGCAUUUUCGCUGUAAUAUCUGCAGGUCGACUGAGAUCACCAAAAUUUACACCAGCUUUUCUUUGUAGCAGCAUCUUGCCUUGCUUUUUCUGCUUCCAAUCUUAACCUUGCAACUUCUUCAGCUUGUGCCUUUUUCUCGGCUUGCUUCUUGUCCAUUACUUCAACUAUGCGCGCCAUGGCCAUGCGCUCGUUCGCUCGUUGCGCACGACAGUAUUCCCAUUGAAUUAUGGAGCCCAAGAAAAAUACACCAAAAGCCCAGUUUGUUGCUUUUGGUACCGUCCCUGGAG